AAACUCCUUCCUCUUCUGUCUCUUCAAAAAAAAAAGCUCACUCUCACUUCCAUAAACGCUCUCUUUAUAUCUCUCUCCUUCAAAUGGCAAUAUACCCACAAGCUCAACUCACUCCCAACUCACUUUAACACCAUUCUUGACUCAGUCUGACUCAGUUUGAACUCAGUUUGAAGUUCUUGAAGUUGACAGAAAUUUUCAAGAAUGGCAGGAGAAACAGUAGUAGAUAGUAGUAGUAAAGCUUCAUUGCCACCAGAAGCGGAGAAAAAGAAAGAACAGAGCUUACCGUUUUUCGAGCUCUUCUCAUUUGCUGAUAAAUUUGAUUGGUUACUUAUGAUCUCUGGUAGCAUUGGAGCCAUCAUUCAUGGCUCUUCAAUGCCGGUUUUCUUCUUAUUAUUUGGUCAAAUGGUUAAUGGUUUCGGUAAAAACCAAUCUGAUUUGUCCAAAAUGACUCAUGAAGUCUCCAAGUAUGCUCUAUACUUUGUGUACCUUGGCCUUGUUGUUUGCAUAUCAUCAUAUGCAGAGAUUGCUUGCUGGAUGUAUACUGGAGAAAGGCAAGUGAGUACAUUGAGGAAGAAGUAUUUAGAGGCAGUUUUGAAGCAAGAUGUUGGAUUCUUUGAUACAGAUGCAAGAACUGGUGAUAUUGUUUUUAGUGUUUCAACUGAUACUCUUCUUGUUCAAGAUGCCAUUAGUGAGAAGGUGGGGAACUUCAUACAUUAUCUGUCAACAUUUCUAGCUGGCCUAGUGGUUGGUUUUGUAUCAGCAUGGAGGCUAGCAUUGUUAAGUGUUGCAGUCAUACCCGGAAUCGCUUUCGCCGGCGGAUUAUAUGCAUAUACUCUCACCGGACUGACUUCGAAAAGCCGCGAAUCCUAUGCACAAGCCGGGAUAAUUGCCGAGCAGGCUAUUGCACAAGUUCGGACGGUGUAUUCAUAUGUCGGGGAGAGCAAAGCCUUAAAUUCAUAUUCGGAUGCAAUACAGAACACUUUAAAGCUUGGGUACAAGGCUGGUAUGGCUAAAGGCUUGGGACUGGGAUGUACUUAUGGAAUUGCAUGCAUGUCAUGGGCCCUCGUAUUCUGGUAUGCCGGUGUUUUUAUCAGGAAUGGACAAUCCGAUGGAGGGAAGGCAUUCACGGCAAUUUUCUCUGCGAUUGUUGGCGGAAUGAGUUUAGGCCAGUCAUUUUCAAAUCUUGGUGCAUUUAGCAAAGGGAAAGCAGCUGGAUAUAAGUUGAUGGAAAUUAUUAAGCAAAAACCUACCAUAAUUCAAGAUAAUUCAGAUGGGAAGUGCUUGCCUGAGAUUAAUGGAAACAUCGAACUUAAGAAUGUAACUUUUAGCUAUCCUUCGAGGCCAGAUGUUAUCAUUUUCCGUGAUUUUUCAAUUUUCUUUCCUGCCGGAAAGACUGUUGCUGUUGUUGGUGGUAGUGGUUCAGGGAAAAGCACCGUUGUCUCGCUCAUUGAGAGAUUUUAUGAUCCUAAUCAGGGGCAAGUUUUGCUGGAUAAUGUAGACAUAAAGACCCUGCAACUGAGGUGGUUACGCGAUCAAAUAGGUUUGGUGAAUCAAGAACCGGCUCUCUUUGCAACUACAAUACUUGAGAACAUACACUAUGGAAAGCCGGAUGCAACAAUGGAUGAAGUAGAAGCUGCUGCUUCUGCUGCAAAUGCUCAUAGUUUCAUUACCUUGCUUCCUAACGGGUACAAUACUCAGGUGGGAGAGCGAGGAGUGCAGCUCUCUGGUGGUCAAAAACAAAGAAUUGCUAUCGCUAGAGCCAUGUUAAAGGACCCAAAGAUCCUCCUUCUCGAUGAAGCAACUAGUGCCCUUGAUGCAGGCUCUGAAAGCAUUGUUCAAGAAGCUUUGGACCGACUCAUGGUUGGAAGAACAACCGUAGUGGUUGCACAUCGGCUUUCUACCAUCAGAAAUGUGGAUACAAUUGCAGUUAUUCAACAAGGGCAAGUUGUCGAGACAGGAACCCAUGAAGAACUGUUUGCCAAAGGAGGAGCAUAUGCUUCCCUUAUCCGAUUCCAAGAAAUGGUGAGAAAUAGAGACUUCGCCAACCCGUCAACUCGACGAACGCGCUCAACACGUCUAAGCCAUUCCCUUUCAACCAAGUCUCUAAGUCUCCGUUCUGGCAGUUUACGGAACCUGAGCUAUUCAUACAGCACAGGGGCUGAUGGUCGUAUUGAGAUGAUAUCAAAUGCUGAAACUGACCGUAAAAAUCCAGCACCUCAUGGUUACUUCUGCCGACUGCUCAAGCUAAACGCUCCUGAAUGGCCGUAUUCUAUAAUGGGAGCUGUAGGAUCCGUUCUUUCUGGUUUUAUUGGUCCAACCUUUGCCAUAGUAAUGAGCAACAUGAUUGAGGUUUUCUACUACACAAAUUCUGCCUCCAUGGAAAGAAAGACAAAGGAGUACGUUUUCAUUUACAUUGGCGCGGGCCUCUACGCCGUUGUUGCAUAUUUGAUUCAGCAUUACUUCUUCAGCAUUAUGGGAGAGAACCUCACCACAAGAGUACGAAGAAUGAUGCUUGCAGCAAUUUUGAGGAAUGAAGUCGGAUGGUUCGAUGAAGAAGAGCACAAUUCGAGCCUCGUUGCAGCUCGAUUAGCCACCGAUGCAGCUGAUGUGAAAUCAGCAAUAGCAGAGAGAAUUUCAGUUAUACUACAAAACAUGACCUCUCUCCUCACUUCAUUCAUAGUUGCUUUCAUAGUGGAAUGGAGGGUUUCCCUUCUCAUUUUAGCAACCUUCCCUCUACUUGUUCUUGCCAACUUUGCCCAACAACUGUCUCUUAAAGGUUUUGCUGGAGAUACGGCGAAAGCCCAUGCUAAGACUAGCAUGAUUGCUGGCGAAGGAGUGAGCAAUAUCCGAACAGUUGCCGCUUUUAAUGCUCAAGAUAAAAUUCUCUCUCUGUUCUGCCAUGAACUCCGCGUCCCGCAGCUUCAUAGCCUACGUCGAAGCCAAACAUCUGGCCUUUUAUUCGGCCUCUCUCAGCUUGCACUCUAUGCAUCUGAGGCUCUCAUACUGUGGUACGGUGCUCAUCUUGUCAGCAAAGGGGUGUCGACAUUCUCUAAGGUUAUCAAGGUUUUCGUAGUCCUCGUUAUUACGGCUAAUUCAGUUGCGGAAACUGUUAGUCUUGCUCCGGAGAUUAUAAGGGGUGGUGAAGCUGUUGGUUCUGUAUUUUCAAUAUUGGACCGUUCCACCAGGAUUGAUCCGGAUGAUCCCGAGGCUGAGUCUGUUGAAUCAAUGCGUGGGGAAAUUGAACUUAGGCAUGUUGAUUUUGCGUAUCCCUCAAGACCUGAUGUUCCCGUGUUUAAAGACUUUAGCCUUAGAAUCCGAGCUGGCCAAAGCCAAGCCCUUGUGGGAGCUAGUGGAUGUGGAAAGAGUUCAGUAAUUGCACUGAUCGAACGAUUUUAUGAUCCAACUUCCGGAAAGGUUAUGAUCGACGGGAAGGACAUUCGACGAUUAAAUUUGAAGUCCUUAAGGCGUAAAAUUGGAUUGGUGCAACAAGAGCCAGCGCUCUUUGCAGCAAGCAUUUUUGAUAACAUAGCAUACGGAAAAGACGAUGUAACCGAAGCUGAAGUAGUCGAAGCAGCUCGCGCAGCCAAUGUGCAUGGAUUUGUAAGUGGAUUGCCCGACGGAUACAAAACACCCGUAGGUGAAAGAGGAGUUCAGCUCUCCGGAGGACAAAAACAAAGAAUCGCAAUAGCAAGGGCAGUUCUUAAAGACCCGGCAAUACUGUUACUCGACGAAGCAACAAGCGCACUCGACGCGGAAUCAGAAUGUGUGCUGCAAGAAGCACUCGAAAGGCUAAUGAGAGGUCGAACCACGGUGCUUGUAGCUCAUAGAUUAUCAACCAUUAGAGGAGUGGAUAGUAUCGGAGUGGUGCAAGACGGACGGAUAGUUGAGCAAGGCAGCCAUUCGGAAUUAGUCAGCCGAGGCGACGGAGCGUAUUCGAGACUGCUUCAGUUACAACACCAUCACAUAUGAUGAUGAUGGGAGGGAACAUGGGCUUGUUGGUUGGUAAUUAUGUGUUUGGUGUAGUCCCCAUUGACCUUAUGUUUUCCAUUGCAACUUUUUUCUUUGCUCAUUUAUUUUUGUUUUGGAAUGAUGGUGACAGUUCAGUUGUAGAUAUGGGAAUGUGGAAAGAAAGACUAUCCCCAUUGUUGAAUGGGGUAGCUAGCAACUGCUAUAUUAUUAAAAUAUCUAAUGCUUCAUAA